GGGUGUCGCCAUGUCUUGGGAGAGUAUUAAUUCUCGCGAAUACCUGGGACGAACGGGAUCUGGCCAGUUGUCAGCAACUGCUCUCCUAGGAUCGCCGGAUGGGUCGCGGCACCCCCUGGAUUUGUACGAGUUGGCCGAAGAGUUCCCACAGCCGAGCAGAUCCCCGCAGAACGGCAUCUGGACCUGUCUCGUGGGAUGCGGUCACAAGAUCGACCAGACACUCGCCCGGAGGAGGGUGGAACAAGGUCUGAAACUGUACAACCAGCACAAACAACAGGCUGCGGUAACAAAGUGGAAGAGCGCGUUGAAGAGGAUAAGAAAGAGAAACGACAAAUUUGUCCUUUUAGGAUACCUGUACCAGGCGUACAUGGAAUGGGGAAAAUACAGGGAAAGCUUGGAGUUAGCGCACAGGCAGCUUAACUUGGCCGAAGAGGCCGACUGCCCCAAUCUGCGCGCCGAGGCAUAUUUAAACCUCGCCAGGACCCAUGAGAGGAUGGGAGGAUUGGAAAGGGCCCUGGCCUGCGCUAGACACUCGCUUUACAACGAAUGCGAUCAGUGCAGAACUGCAGGAUUGGUGCAGAUCACAGUCGCAAGUCUCAACUUGGAGCUGGCCGUCUUCUGCAAAGCUUUACAGGCGUUUCAGCAGGCGCACGCGAUCGCCCACCGCAUCAAGGAUUCCUCCCUUGAGCUCCAGGUUUAUGUGGGUCUUUCGGAGCUUUUCGGAAGGCUUCAAGACGCAGACAAAUCCGCUCGAUACGCUUCUAAGGCGUACGACAUAUCGAGGAAUUUGGACAUGGGCGAUUUGAACUCCAGGUUCCACAGGACAGCUCUUUUGCAAAUGGCUAGUGCUUUGAGAAAACAGGGAGAACUCGGCGACGCUCAUGAUUACUGCAGCGAAGCAACAAGACUAUCUUUGGUAUCCGGAGAUCAAUGCACCUAUGCUAGAAGUAUCAGGGUAAUGGGUGAUAUUUACAGGAAAAAAUCUGAAAUCAGCAACGCUUAUAGACAGUACGAAAGCGCGAUGACGACGGCGUGUCACAUGGGCGACCGCCUGUGCCAGAUGGAGGCUAUGGACGGGGCAGCCAGGUGCUUGGAAACACUCCGUUUACAGCAUAAAAUAUGCAACUGCAGGCCUCUUGAGUUCAACACGAAGCUGCUCGAAGUUGCCAUGACGAUCGGCGCGAAGCUGUUGAUAAGGACAAUCAGAGUAAGGCUAUGCAGGAUUUAUCAGAGUUUAGGGGAUGAAGAACACAGGAACGAACAUGCAGGGGCGGCUCAAAGGAUCGAAGAGGAACUCGAACUGCAAUGCGGUGCGUGCAACUUGCCUUUUGGCUACGACGCUGACAGCCUGGAAGCAUUACCCUGCGCUCACAUACUUCACGCAAGAUGUGCCCACGACCUUCUGAGGAGGAGGGACAAGAAGAAGAAACGCUCUUGCCCCGAUUGCGAGCGUUCCGUCAGCUCUCGUCUUUACCUCCAGUGCGAAGAUCCUCACACGCCGCACCACUCGACCUUCUCGCUGUCUUCGCAGCAGCUGCACGUCUCCAGCAGCGUCUAGCGGUUAACCAGCCUCUAAGAGGCGAAAAGACAUUUCGAAUUUCGUUGGACGAGAGGAAAAUGUGACGAUUCGGAAAUUUUUACAAAAGCCUAGGAGAAAUUCUUCUGACCGUCUUAGAAAUAGCUGACCUGAUUUUCGAUCAGACAAUUAUCAAAGAAAACGAAAAAACCCGGCGAAUAGAGAAAAUAUGAUGAAUACAAAAUUCAGUCUAAAUCAAAAGACGGAAAAUUUCAGUCUCAGGAGUUAAUACAGGGUGAUACGAGAGUUUUAAGGCAGUAUAUCGUGACAAAGAUCAACAGAUAAGACAACUAUUAUUAAAUUUUGGGACGGAUUUUUUUUUUCAAAAAUUAAUAUUACUUUGUAUAUUGGAACUUUAAUCUUCCGACUGUCUUAAAAAGAUAAAAAACUAAACAUGCUUUAACUGAACCCUUUAUAAUAAUUAAUAGAAUGGACCCGUCUAUACAGGGUGACUGGCGAUA